AUGUCAGACAAAUCAAAAAAAUCGGUGUCAGGUGGUUCCGAAAGACACACGGGCCUAAAGAAAAGACCAACAGUUGCAGCAAAAAUCGCAAAAGAGCCUAACAAAACACCAUCCACCGUACAACCCUUGGAGCAGGUAACCCAGCAGGAACAAGAGGUUUCAGCUCCGGAACCCACGGACAUGGUUGAGCAACAAAAGGGUUAUCAAAUUAGCGAACCGUCCGAGAAGCCUGAAAUAGACUCAGCUUCGAGCUUCUUCUCACCACCUAAACUCGAUGAGGCAACCACUUCAUCCCCCGUUCUCACAAGAACUGGAUCAAACUUACUGAGAAUACGCACUCAAAUAAAGCAGGCAAAAGCUGCAGAAAUUCUAAGAGCAAUGUCAGAGGCUGAAGAAACAGGUGACUCGGACGUAGACAGCGGUGACACCAAUAUCUCACUAGACGCUUCAACAAGAUCAAUAGGAGGGAGUCGCAUGCUGCUCAACGAACUGCCUAGACACGCAAAUGAGAUUCUACAAAGGGCCAAAGCAGACCUGGAAAAGUCGGGUAACCUUAAGAGGGAGAUUCGAGAAAGUGUUGUAGCUGGUCUGUACACGCUUUAUGAGAUGAUCCUAAAGUUAUCCGACUCCCGAAUGCUUCAUAUGUUAGAAUCAAGCAAGCAAAAAGCAAAUGUCUCACGUGAAUCUGAAAGGCUAACUCAAAGGCAUGCAAGAUUUAUGCAUGAGACUUUGGGCCAGUACGCUCUACUGAAAGACAGCAUAGAGAAGCUGCAAAAGGAAACCGAGUCCACUAGACUUAUAGUUUCAUAUGAUCUUUGUGAAGCAAUGACUGCAACAAGGCGAGAGAUCACAAACAUACGGAGCGACACAAACUUGGACUCUAAUCUUGCAAAUCAGCUACGGAUUAUUACGGAAGAAAUAAAGCAACUGCGAGGAGACAUGAUGUCUUCACACAAGCCGGUCACUCUAGAAGAGCGACAGUUCCCUAUUGCCGAGGAAUUAGGAGAGCUUCGGCGAAUUACCCAGGAGCUUUCCACCAAAACCAAACAAAGUAUGUCACCUAAUAGGGGCGAGGAAACUAUCAGAAUAGAGCAGCUUGCGAAGACCACCACAGAAUUGCAACAGCACAUAACAGACACAAAAGUACACCUAACUGCAGACGUGCAAGAAUUAAAAAAAGAAGUUCAUACGAUAUCACAAGACAUCAAAAGUCUAGCUGCAAUCUGCUCAAGCUCCUCAUUUCCAUCAGUUCAAGCCAGUUUGGAAGAACUCAGGAAAGAUACAAAAGAGCUUAGAGAUACUGCACUUGAUUCAACGGCACCAAUAAGGGUAGCCAUUGAGAGCCUCAGGACUGAACUCAAACAAAGAACAGAUAUUGAAGGAACAGAGCUAAGAGGCUUCUCACACCUGCCCGGAGAACAUUAUACUGAGCGAUAUCAGCACACACUAAUGCUUCAACAGAAAAAAUUUCCACGCUCCUUCUCAGAGGUAGUUGCAAAACCAAAUUACCCACUUAUAGUGGAGUCAAUUGAUCCCAGACGGACAAGUGAUGACGUAAUAAAGCAGAUUAAGGGCGGGGUCGACGUGGUUGACUUAGGCAUCGGCAUCAACCAUAUUAGAAAGGCAAAGAACCAGAAAGUCCUCAUCAGCUGUGAGUCUGAAGGAGACAGAAAUACACUUCAGGACCAACUUAAAAGCACAGCCAAUCAGCUUACCGUGCACAGGCCAGCCACAAAAUUCCCGCUUAUACGCUUAACAGGAGUCGUCUUCGACUUGACGGAUGGGAAGAUCGUAGAGGCCGUGAUGAAACAAAACGCUACACUUCUAAACGACAUCCCAGCAUCACAAAACCACAUAAAAGUAAUUAGGAGAACUAAGGGUCGCACAAGUUCCACGUGCAAUGUCAUCCUAGAGAUAGAAAGGAAACUGAUGCCAACUGUGCCCAUCCCGCUUAUAGCCCGGAAUGCCCGGAGUGGCGUAAAUGGGACCGGAUUGCCCGAGCAACCAUUUCAUACUGCUAAAGGCACUGAAGUCUUCCCACAAAAGCAUUCAAGGGCUAUAAAAAUUGCACAAGUCAACCUUGGCAGAGGAUUCGCAGCGUUACAGGAAUGCCUAAAAACGGCGGAAUCGCAGGGAAUAUCAAUAAUCUUAGUACAGGAACCUUACGUAGGUGCUAAGGCACAUGUUACUUGUAGGCACAGAGUUAUCCAAAAGCAAACUAAUGACACUCAAAAACCCGUCAAAUCUGCGGUCAUUGUCGUUGAUUCGUCCGUACAGUACACUGUAAAUCCUGAUAUUAUUACAGAAAAUAUUGUUGCAUGUAAAUUUAAAAUAUAUAACCACUAUGUUGCGAUUAUUAACAUAUACAUGGAAGGGGCUCAAGACGUCGGACAAGACCUAAGAAUAAUUUCCAACUACAGAAACAUUCUAGACUCAGAAAAUAUAAUCAUUGGAGGAGACCUUAACGCAAAGAGUCCCUGGUGGGGUUGCGAUGUGGAGGACAGACGGGGAACAGCUAUAUCGGAAUCAUUUGCACAGCUGGAACUACAUAUACUGAACACAGGGAAAACACCAACCUUCUGGGCACAUAGAGGAAAUAGAGAUUAUACCAGCAUCGUCGAUGUUACUGCAUGUUCAAAUGGUCUACUCAACAAAAUAACGAACUGGAGAGUCAACCCUGAUUUUGUCACCUUAUCGGACCACAGAGCUAUAACAUACAGUGUUAACCUCGAAAAAAUAACGGCAGAAGCCACUCAGAGACAAACUACACGUAUCUAUAAUACAGGGAAAGCAGACUGGGCAAGUUUCACCCAUUUUCUGAAGGAGGAACUAAAAGUACUGAAGAUCACCGAGGAAUCCAUCACUGAAAUAGGAAACACAGACGCUUUAGAAGAUCUUGUACAACAAUACGUCGAUUGCAUUCAGAGAUCCUCCGACAAAGCUAUUCCAAAGCUGGCAAAAACCAUCAGCGCAAAGACUCCAUGGUGGAAAAAACAACUAAGUGACAAGAAAAAGAUGUAA